UGUCGAGUACAGAGUGUCAAAGCGCAUGAUCCUCUUUGCGGCUUUAUUUUGCAAUACGAACUUUUGUGUUCAUCAACUUUUAUCGCGAGUGCCUCGAUUUUCGGAUUUCAUUCGAGAUUUGUUCGCGAUUGUAUGUGAUUGAUUACGUCUAGAACCAUCGUUGGAAAUAAGCAAAAAUAGAAACGACAGAACGGGACAAAAGUGAACGAUGCGCAGUAAAUCAAGUACUAUGUUAUCUGCUGCGAAAAGCUGCAACUGCUUGGAUCGAUACAACAACAUAGCCGGCUUAGUAGAAAAUGUACAGAAUAUCAUCCGAUAAAUUCAAAUGUUCCAUGUUCUACUUAUGCCGGUACAUGCAAUUGUCACCGGAAGCUUUGUGAUACGGACAACGGGAAAAAGAAGAUCGAAACGUAGAGAGAGAGUGAUAUUCUAUUAACGAAAUAAAAAAAUCCUUUUUCCUCGAGACUGUUUAAACUAGAACGAAUAGCGAUGUCUUUGUCAUAUGUGACAAAUACCUCGCCGGCCUCUAUGUUGAUGGAGACAGCGCGAUCAACGACGUUCACAUUAACGUCAAAUUGCACGGAAUGCUUCAAUGUAACGAACGAAUUCAACGAAACGUGGGAAGUACCGUACAUACCGUACCGUGAACGACCCGAGACGUAUUUCGUGCCGAUUAUUUUCUUUCUGAUCGAGGUGAUUGGUCUUACUGGAAAUGGUGUACUCGCUCUUACAAUUCUUCGACAUUCCAGUAUGAGAAAUGGACCCAAUGCAUACAUUCUGUCGCUGGCGAUUGGCGAUAUACUGGUUUUAUUAAUAUGUGUCCCGUUCGUCGCUACUAUCUAUGUCUUUGAAUCUUGGUAUUUUGGAUUAAUAAUGUGUAAAGCCGCUGAUUAUGCAAAAGAUCUUUCCGUGGGAAUAUCUGUUUUCGCAUUAACUGCUCUCUCAGCAGACAGAUAUUUCGCCAUCGUGGAUCCUUGGAAAUUUCACGCCACAGGUAGUAAAAGACGAACAAUGCGAUUUGCUGCGGCCUUUGUGGGACUCAUUUGGUUUUUGGCUAUAGUGUGUGCGACUCCCGCUGUUUUCUCAUAUCUGAGAUAUUUCAAAGUUAAUCGACACAUAAGCUUUCAUGUAUGCUAUCCGUUUCCCGAGGAAUUUGGACCGAACUAUCCAAAAUUGAUAGUAAUGGGCCGUUUUGUUUUCUACUAUAUGAUACCUCUCUGCACUAUCGGCAUUUUCAAUAUAUUAAUGUCUAGGCACCUCAUGCGCAGUACGCGAAAUGUACUCGGUCAACUGCGAGGCCAGAUGAGGCAAAUGCAAGCACGGAUAAAGUUAGCAAAAAUGGUGAAGGCUCUCGUCAUCAUAUUCGCCAUUUGUUUUUUGCCUCAACACGUAUUCAUGCUGUGGUUUUAUUUCAACCCAAAUUCGCAAAAUGAUUACAAUUAUUUUUGGCAUUACUUCCGCAUAUUGGGCUUCUGUCUUGCUUUUAUCAACAGUUGCAUCAAUCCGAUCGCUCUUUAUUUUAUGAGCCAAAAUUUUAGAAAGUAUUUCAACAGAUACUUGUUCUGUUGCGCUACAAAAAGGGUGCGGAAAACGUGGCACCAAUGGUCGUCGGAUAUAAGCUCUCGCCGAUGGCGAAGUUUCUCACGUGUCAAUUCGAGAAAGGAACGAGAUGGCAUGCCCCUUUCUACCAUGGUUAGCGAUAUGCGACCUUCUAAUACUCCAAUAAAAGAGCAAGAAACUACCCUCACCGCCACAUUUAAUAAAUAAUAAUAAAGAUAAUUGCAUUCACUCACCGAUCGAUGCGCAGCAGCGGAGUUGUCGUUUUGUUGAUCAUCUGCAACACACAAAAAUAAAUCCAGAUUAGAGCCGCAUUCAAAAUGAAUAAUAUUUGUAAAAUAAUAA